CCGAGGAAACUGUCCUUUGGUAACUUUGGGAAUCUGAGGAAGAAAAAGCAGGAGGAGAACGAGGAGUACGUGUGUCCGAUGGACGUGGAGAUGCCAAAGGGCCGAAGCUUCCAGAAAGGGUUUGAGCUCCAGAUCUAUGAGGACGACCUGGACCGGCUGGAGCAGAUGGAGGACUCUGAGGGGACGGUGAGACAGAUCGGAGCGUUUUCCGAGGGAAUCCAGAACCUCACAAGCAUGCUGAAAGACGACGAGUUCUUCAAAGAGACGUCCGACUCACCCAACCCGAGCGUCACCGACGAGGAGUCCAACGCGUGAGACGGUCGGCCUCAGAACCGGUCCRGCCAGCUCUCUCCGCUCACAGCAGACACGUCUCCUUUUAGUGUUCGCGUUCAAAAAAAAAGAGCCAAAAGUAUUUGAGUUAGUUUUUGUCUGAGUCGAUGGUCGUCUGUUAGAGGGAACACCACUGUUCUGUUCGCCCGCCAGCUGGUUUCUGGAGACCUUUUAGACGCUGUUCUGGUUCUGACAGAACUAAAGUGCCAACCAGCAGCAAAAUGCCAACAUAGAUUUAAUAUAUAUAUAUAUAUGACAUUGUGGAGGAAUCUGAAGAAAGGCACCGACUUCACAGAACCACAGGACUUUAUAGAAGUAAUAUUCUUUUUUAAUUUAGUUUAAUUCUAAAACAGCUGCUAUGUUUUUCUACUCACCUAAACCCGGCUGAUUAAAUAAUAAUGGUUUUAUAUUUUUAUCCUUUGAAGAUGUCACUUGUACUCCUGCAUUUCCACGUAUUCACACUAAAAAAAACAAUAAAUAUCAUUGCAUGGUGUCAGAAUUCUGCAUAUUUUAAUGUUAUGUUUUUUGUCCUAGAAGGAUUUUUGGAAACCUGUUUGCAUUUCUAUAUUUUUAAGAAAAUGUGUCAGACUGAGGUAAGAUAAUGUGAGUUUACGUUUUUUUUUUUUAUAAUAUUGCUGGAAUUGACUGUAUCUCUAAAUAUGAUUGUUUUUAAACUCUAAAGAUCAAUAAAGUAAUUUAAGUCAAA